AUGGCUGUCGGUAAAGUGACCUUCACCAAGGUGGAGCGAGAGAAGCUAGCCGAGGUCCUCUGGCUGCUCAACUGGAUCUCUGUGGUGACGGGGGUCAUCCUCUUUGGCCUCGGCUUAUUCCUCAGAAUUGAGAUUCAGAAAUGGCAAGAAGUGAUGUCCGAGCACGGGAUCCUCUACGUGCCACACAUGCUGAUCACCACAGGCCUGGCGGCCGGCUGCAUCAACUUCCUUGGGGGGAAGAUUUGCCUGGACUGCGCAGACACCAACAAGUUCCUGCGCUGGAAGCUGGUGAUGAUGCCGUACGUCAUCUGCACCUUCUUCUUCACCUCCUGCGUCCUGGCGGGGGCGCUCAUGUGCUACAGCAUUCGUGGUCAGCUGGAGGAGUCUCUGUUCCUCGGCUUAAGGAACGCCAUGCGGUUCUAUAAGGACACGGACACGCCUGGCCGCUGCUACCUGAAGAGGACUCUGGACCUGCUGCAAAUCCAGUUCCACUGCUGCGGGAACACCGGAUACCGGGACUGGUUCCAGGUCCAGUGGAUCAGCAACCGGUACCUGGACAUGAGCAGCAGAGCUGUGGUAGACCGUCUGAGGAGUAACGUGGAGGGCAAGUACCUGAUGGACAGCGCCCCCUUCAGCUGCUGCAGCAGCUUCUCCCCUCGACCCUGCAUCCAGCAGCAGGUCAGCAACAGCUCCGCCCAUUUCAACUACGACCUGCAGAGCCAGCAGCGGAACCUGUGGAGGAGAGGCUGCCGGCAGGCGCUGCUCGACCACUACACGGGCAUCAUGCAGUCCAUCGGCCUCACCGUGCUCCUCAUCUGGUUAUUUGAGGUGAUGGUUCUGACCGGAGUCCGCUACCUGCAGACGGCCAUGGAGAACGUCCUGCAGCUGGGUGAUCCUGAUUCAGAGUCGGACGGUUGGAUUCUGGAGAACAGCCUCGCAGAAACAGCUCGGUCCAACUUCAACAUCAUCAAGAACCUGGGGAAGUGUUACCAGGACGACGACGACCCGAAUAUCAAUGUCCCGACUGCUGCUGGCGACCAGGAAGUGCCAUCGCAGCACAUGCAGAUCCCGAGGAGCAGCUGA